CAAACCUCGCGAUAAUACACGACGCAAGCCCCUGCAGUCCUGACGUCGUCGCGCUGAGAGCACAUCAGGCCGCCUCGUUCUCGUCACCCUUUAUAAUCGGCAACCAUGAGGGACACUUUGAAGAUUUUCGUCGGUAACGUGGACGACCGGACCACGCAGCAGGAGCUGAGCGAGCUCUUCGAGAAGCACGGCACGGUGGUGAGCUGCGCCGUCAUGAAGCAGUACGCGUUCGUUCACAUGAGGGGGGCGGACCGCGCGAACAAAGCGAUCGAGGAGCUCAACGGCCGGGAGCUCCACGGCAAGAAAAUGGUGGUCGAGUUGUCUAAGCCUCGGCCCCAAAACACCUGGAAGAUCUUCGUAGGCAACGUCGGCACCGACUGCGACGCCUCCGAUCUGCGAACCAUGUUCGAGGCCUACGGGAAGGUGAUCGAGUGCGAUGUGGUGAAAGACUAUGCGUUCGUUCACAUGGAAAGAGAAAGCGACGCUAGGGAAGCUAUCGACAAAUUGAAUGGCAGAGAAAUAAGAGGCAAACGGAUUAAUGUGGAGAUGUCCAAUAAAGCUCAUAGGCCUAUGGGCAGUAAUGGUAGCUCUCAUAGCAGUCGCUCCCGUCGAUCCCAUGAAUACCGAGAUGCACCCCAGGGUCGCUCUGAAACAUAUAAUCGCAGGAGAGCAACCGAAGCGGCUUAUGCAUCCUAUGCACUGAAAUCGCAAUAUGAUCGCUAUGGGGGAGAUUCUGCGCGGUAUGAUUCUUAUGAGAGCAGAGUGCGUCCACCUUCCCCAAUGUACUAUUCGCGAGACAGGAGUCCCCUGCGGAGGUCACCCACAAGAUCAUACUAUGAGGGGGCAAUGACCUCAGCUGCACUUGCAUCAAAAUAUCGUUCUCCAACAUCAGACUAUAACUCAUUGUCAUCCGCCUAUGGGGGUCAGACAACUCCGUCAUUGUCAUCUGCCUUUGGUAGCCAGACGUCCGCGUUAACUUCUGCUUAUGCGAACCGAACCCCUGCUACUGGAAAUCAGACAGGCUAUGAGAGCCAGGCCACGGCAUAUGGUGUAGAAUCCUCUUAUUCCCAGGCAACUGCAGCUUAUCGCCCACAAGGACAGGCUCUAACUUCAGGAUAUUCUACACAGAUUCCCUCAAUGGCGUCGUCCUACACUGCACAGACACCUGCCAACCCUUAUGGAUCAAUGUCUACCGCUACUCCCUAUGCGGCGGCGUCAGGCAUGGCUAGCGCAUAUCGUCAGCCACAGAAUACCGCCUAUGAUGCCUCCCAAAUCUCAGGCAUAGGAACACAGGCUGCUUAUUCAUCCCUCUCGGCUACGAAUGAUGCGCUCAUGUAUGAACGCACCUGUCUCUCACCGCCACGAAGCUCCGCUACCGAUAGCUUCAAGAAAACAACUGAUGCUUAUAAAAGGCUCGCCCCUGACCGCCGUUACUCUGAACUAUCCGAUUAUCGCCGUUUAACACAGAAGCCGCAGGAUCCCUUCCGUCGAUCGCCGCCCAAGUCGCACAUGGAUUUUCGUCGCACAGCCGAGACACAACCUGAGUACUCUCAGUAUGCUGCUCAAUAUGAUUAUCUGAGAGCGGCACAAGUACCUGGCUAUCAGCGCCGUAUGUAACAGCAUCCCUUUGGUUCCUUAGAUAUAUAGGGUGGGUGUCUUUGUAAUAACUGUUAAACCAUGUCCCUCAAGUAUUCAGUCACUGUUCCUUUUGGUAACAACUCACAUUUUAGGAGAUAAGAUUGCUUGUUAGGGCAACUAAUACUUGACCAAAAUUAUUAUUAUUACUUUUUUUUUUUUUUUUUUAAUCCAUGUCUUCUGCAAGAUGUCCUCUGUUCCAGACAUUAAAGAAAUGGCUUUAAGGCUUUCUAGAGAAGUUUUCAAUUCCAGCUCUGCCUUUAAAUAGAAUCCUUUAUAGGUCUCCUAAAACAGAGAAAACUUGGCUUGUAGUGUUCCCUGUUCCCGUGUAGGAUUGGAUGUACAUGGGAUAACAUACACCUUUUGGUCAACUGUUUAACUGGGCAUUCUGAGUAAAAAUAUUUGGUCUAUCCUAAGGAAUAGAUUGGGGAGGGAGCAGACUCUGCACCCGGCUGUACUCCUGCACACUCUUUGCAGUUAAGCAGAUUAUUGCAGCUUUGUCCCUUUCAAACAGCUGAGUGCCAAGAGUUGGGAAUCCCCACCAAUAUUGCUGCCCUAUUGUAAGGAUAGUCGAUCAGUAUUGUUAAACACCUUUUUAGGAAGUUGACAGUCAAACCGGGGGGGUUAGAUGGCUUGGGCAGCCCUGUGACCCUUAACUUCAAUGACCUUUGUAUCCAUAGUUUAAUUUUUAUCAAAACUCCAUAUAGGACAAGCUGAUGCUACCUUUAUAUAGCAUGAAAUGUUUGAAAACAUGAGACCAAACAGGCCAUCUGCAGCAGGAGCCACAUGUGUAUGAUUUAUUCUAACCACAAACUUCUAUAUUUUCAGAUGUAGAUAUUACAUUUUGCGAUUCAUAUAUAAUCGUAGUGCUAGCUGAAUCUUCCAUGUAACACUUGCUAGUCGCUUAUUCCGUAUUAGUUUUAAAGCGCGCCUGUUGUAUUUUUCAAACAUGCAAUUAAACGUUUUAUGUUUUUGAUUUCAA